GCGACGGGAUUAGUGUACUCGUCACAUGUUUUGAAGCUCGCUUGAAAAAUUUGAAGAUUUCUUAAGGCACAGUCCAGUCGAAUUGUUGGUUUACUGAAAAAUCAUGGCGUUUUUAGAGGACGAGAGCCUAAGCAGUCUGACCGGUGCACAUUCACGACUGGAAAGUUAUGUUUUUAGCUGUGAAUUAUCCUCUGAAGUGCCCUUCUACACCUUUCAAGGCGACGAGGAAGAGGACUUGGAGCAUUUUUUAGAACUUCGUACGAUCUGCCUUGGCGAAGGAGCUAAAGAGGAGAACAAUGUAGUGGAGGUGACCGCCAUGAAUCACAGAGGGAAGAAGAUUUCAGUGCCUGUAGCAAAUCUCCACAUAUCUUGUCUUCCCAUGGUAAGCCUGGGAGAAUUUGAGUUGAUGGCACCUGUAACACUACGCCUCAAAUCGGGAACUGGGCCAGUGACGGUUAGUGGAUUACAUCUAGUUGCUUCAGACAACGAAGAGCCAGAAGCAUCUGAUGAAGAUGAUGAGUCUGAGGAAGAAAUGCCCCCCAUUAAGCCGGCUAAAAAGAAGCAGAAACUGUAGAGUCAACAGUGUAUGAAUUUUUCAGUAAAUUUUAUACAAUUUAAUGUUCUAUAAAUUGUUUUCAAUACAACUACAAUGGACUGCAGAGCAAAAAAAAAAAAAAAUUGUGAAGCUUGAAUAUUUUUUAAAAGAAUUGUGUGGGCCAGCUCCAUGUACAUUUUGUGCAUAAUGUGAAGUGUUUUAACAGUUAACCCGUUACCGUCUGAAAUGCUUUGUUUGUGUAAUACAAGCGGUUUGUGCUUGUCUUUUUAAGAUACAUGGCAUUUUGGAACAAAACUGUAUUUCAUUGUGUUAAAAUGUUUACUGUUUUUCAUUUGGUGAGGGACAGUUAAUGGUUCACUAAAGGAAUAUGCUUUCAUAUUGUUGGAUUAUUAAUUAGCCUUAAGGACAUUCACCAGCACUGUUUCCUAUAGCUGUGCAUGCGUGAUUUUUGUUUUUAUAUAUAUAUAUAAUUAUUUUUUUGAAUGUGGUUUUCAUGGUGCGUAUUAGUGUUUUGUUGAAACACAAAGGACUGCCAUGGUUGACUUAUUUGUACAUUUAUAGGUUUUCUGAAGUCUGUAGCAACAGAUUACUUUUCAUGCUCUGUUUAAAAACGAACAAUGUUUACCACUUCUCAUUA